GGUUGGGCCUUUUAGGCUUUUGGAAGUUAAGUAUAGUCGUGGAUUUAAAAGCCCAAUGUGUGAUCCAUUUGUUUUUACUAAGAAAGUUUAAAGAUUUUCAAUCCAAUAUCUAACCAUCGGCAAAAAUCUGGAAAACCUAAACCUCGUCUUGUCAACAAAAUCUGCAGUUCCUUGCUCAUUUCUCAGUCCAAAUUCUUUGAUUUUGAUUGAUUCGAUUCAAUGGGUUUCUCCAAAGAUCAGUUGCUUGAUCGACUUCAGGAACUUGAGAUUGAUUAUUCCAAGUAUGAACAUCCGCCUGUUUUAACCGUCGAAGAACAGGCCAAGUAUGUAAGCAGUAGUGAGGGAGCGUUGAGUAAGAAUCUCUUCUUGAAGGACAAGAAACAUCGAUAUUAUAUCGUUUCAGCCAUGGUGGAUACGAAAGUUGACAUGAAAGUUUUAUCUCAGAGACUUGGUCUGGGAAAAGGAGGAAUUAGAAUGGCUCCUGAAGAAGCACUUGGUGAGCUUUUGCAGGUGUCCCUUGGAUGUGUUACACCGUUUGCAGUUGUAAAUGAAUCAUCAAGAGAUGUGUCGCUCUUGUUAGACCAAAAAUUCAAGAACCAAACACGCUGCAUCUUCCACCCAUUGUCUAACGACGUCUCAGUCUCUCUUAACACGUUGGGUCUGGACAAGUUUCUGAAGUCGAUUGGGAGAGAUCCCGUAUACGUUGACCUUGAGGCUAACCCGGUAGUUGGUAAAGACCAGGCUCCAGAUCUAGCUGUUUAUGUUCCGUCUAAUUCAGUUGUUGUUCCCGAGGUUUCUAAUAAAACAUCUACUAUACAAAACCCUCCUCCAAAAAGUGUGUCAGCAGAUGUUAAACCUGUCGCUUCAGCCAAACCGAGCAAGCCAGCCGGUAAGGUGAAGAGCAUCGCGGAUAAUUCAGCCCCAUCAGCUUACAAGAACCCCGAGAAAUUUGUGGAGGAGAUAAUGGACAAAACAUCAGCUCUAUUAUUGUCCGAGGCAAAGGGAGAGAGUGUGGAGGCUUUGGCAGAAACACUGAGAAAACGACUUACAUCAGAGUUUACCCAUCUCGCUAUUAUGUACAAGAACACUGCCUACACAGAAGGUUUCUAUGCCGGUACGCGCCACCAACCGAACCGAUUGUAAGAGGUUUGGUUUACAUGUUGAACCGGAGAUAUUUGGGAGAGAAACAUACCGGUUAAGCAAUUAUAUUUUUCCUUCGUUGGACAAAAAUUUUAGAUAAGACUGAAAAUGAUUACAUUUAUGUGAGCUCGAACCAUUUAUUGACUUAUUGUUGCUUUGUUUGUUUAAUCAAAGAUAAACUUUUCUAUA